GCACAGUAUAGAUGUGUGUUCAGGGCAUUGCAGCACGCAAAGGCCUUUCUGUAACCCACAAUGCACCUACAGGAAGCUACGCUAACCACAGUCCAUCUCUACAGCUUCCUGACUGUGAUCAUAGUUGUUACCAUUUCAUUCCCACAACUUCAAACAUCAAAAUGAGGACACUGUGUCUGAUUAUGCUUUUUCAUGCAAGCCUUCAGCUGGAGUGUAAUAAAAGAGACAUCACAGCACAUAUCGGAGGAGAAUUCAUUCUCAUCUGCAAGUAUGACGCAACCCGGUUCCUGUUCAGUAGAAAGUACUGGUGCCGAGGGGAUUCCAGAAGAACCUGUGAGAUUUUGGUAGAUUCAGAAAGAAAAACUGAAAAUACACACAGGGCUCACAUAAUAGAUGCAGGAAAAAGAGGGCUGAUUGUGAAAGUCACAGAUCUCCAACUUGACAACGCUGGACUAUACUGGGUUGGGAUUGACAAAAUGUAUUCUGACAUCAUGACUUCAGUUAAUGUGGUCAUCACUGAAGUUCCAGUAUCUGAACCCAGUCUUCAGCCCCUGGGCUCUCUGGUGGACAGGCAGACAUGUUGGGGUCAGCCAGUGACCGUGCGCUGUGGUUGUGCGAAGGGCACUGGCGUUCGUUACGCCUGGUACACACACUACAAGGAUUUUCUGCUCCACCGCUCGUCAGACUUAUACCUACACUGUGGCACCGUGGAAACGGACAACGACUAUUACUGCAUUGCCAGUAAUGACAUAAGCAGUCAGCGGAGUGGUACACUCUCUGUGCAUGUUCUGCUGCCUGCAGACAACAGCUGUAUCUACGUCAUUCACAUGCAGGGCCAACCCAUUUAUGACUGUGAUGACAGAAUGAGCACCAGCACGGUCAUGACCACGUGCCAAGCUCCCGUGAAAAUCCGAUCGGACACAGGAAACCGGUCUUUACUCGUCAAUCAAACGGAUCAAGAUAUGUUUUUCAACAGGUUAAACUAUACUAUACUAUACAGGGAAUGGACAGGAGUGCCUUUGUGGUAUACAUUGCUGCGUUGGGGUUCUUUUGCUUCCUUAUUGAUAUUUCUGUGCGCAGUGCUCAAACGUGCCAAGAAGAAGAGGAGAGUUCAUGUGAGGCGAACGCCCCAGUUAGUAUAUUGACAUAGUUCUACACUGGUAGUUCUUUGGAAGUGAUAUCAGCCCUGUGACACAUUGGUUUGGGGUUUUAUUGUUUCCAGAGUUUCCUUGACAACACGUGAGGAUUUGUAAAGUGUCUGGGUCAUAUUGCACGCCACCAUGUUUAUCUGAGUGUCUUGUAAUUUCUUUCAAAUGAUAGCCACCAAUGCCACCAACACACACUUUACAAAAGUCAAGAGGUGAAGAAAGAGCAUUGUACAUGUUUGCUCGAAUGAUAAGCUACUAUAAAUAUUGUAAUAUUGUGAUAUAUUAGAAUAAAAUAGAUUUGAUAAAGUGAAAGAUAACCAUGACUAAUUGGAAAGUAGGAAACCAGUAGUUGCUCUGUGAUGCCAUGUGGAAAUUCCUUAUUUGUUUGAUUGUAUUUUACUUUUUACUCAGA